AGAUAUUCAAGAUCAAGAUUAAGAGAGAGAGAGAGAGUGAUGACCGGAGAAGGGAAGACUGUUUGUGUGACCGGAGCAUCGGGAUUCAUAGCUUCAUGGCUGGUCAACCAUCUUCUCCGGCGAGGAUACACAGUCAACGCCACCGUUCGCGAUCUCUCGGAUCCGAAGAAAACAGCUCAUUUAGUUGCUUUAGAUGGAGCAAAAGAAAGACUUAAAUUGUUCAAAGCAGAAUUAACAGACGAAUGUUCGUUCGACGAAGCGAUUGAAGGAUGUGACGGCGUAUUUCAUGUGGCCUCUCCAUGUUCAUUAACCUGCAAAGAUCCUCAGGUUGAACUAAUUGAUCCUGCCGUGAAAGGCACAAUCAAUGUACUCAAUUCUUGUGCGAAAACUCCUUCGGUUAAACGAGUUAUUUUAACUUCGUCGAUUUCAGCUGUUUCAUUCACUGCCAAACGAGAAUAA